AUGGCUGGCCAAGCUAGCCCACAGCAAGGCUACUUUGCGGUCUCAAACUCAUCUGCUGCCUCGCUCGCAUCGUCGCCAAAUGCUACACCGUCUCCAUUUCAGUCAACCCCUACAGGCGACCCUGGACAUUCCCCAAACCGCCCGUCCUCUCUGACCGCGUCUCUGUCGGGAAAGUAUCAUCUUACCGCUGACCCGACCGAAUGGGGUGUCGACAUAUCCCGACCAGAGCCGGACGAUACUUUACAUGACCCCCGCCGCGACAAGAAGUCGCACAAUGUUUUUACUCGACGUGGGAUAUUGAAUGUUGGCUGUAUCGCUCUUUUAGCUGCCAUUCUUCUCGGCCUCUUUCUUGGAUACCCCAUAGCUUACCACUUAACGCACAACAACUCAACUGCCACGAGCUCAGCGCUUGUUAAUUCUUCUGGUCAAGUUGCAAGCAUGGGCAACUUUGGUCUCAUCGACCUGAACACUCCGAAGGAAUUCUAUAAAAUCGCCUCAUAUCAUGACCCAUCGAAAGAGAUGCAGCUCGUUUUCAGCGACGAGUUUGAGGAAGAAGGUCGCACUUUUUACCCAGGAGACGACCCGUAUUGGGAGGCCGUCGAUAUGCACUAUUGGUCCACUGGGGACCUUGAAUGGUAUGAUCCCGCAGCUGUUACCACACGCGGAGGCGCGCUCGAAAUCAACCUCACACACUUUGACGACAUCAGCCUCAACCACAAUCUCGAAUAUCGUAGCGGCAUGAUGUCUACCUGGAACAAGUUCUGCUUCACUGGCGGGUUAAUUCUUGCCAAUGUUAUGCUGCCCGGGACAACGAACGUUUUCGGGCUCUGGCCGGCGAUAUGGACCAUGGGGAAUUUAGGCCGCGCAGGAUAUGGAGCGACAUUAGAGGGUACAUGGCCCUACAGCUAUGAUGCAUGCGAUGUUGGAACAAUGCCAAAUCAAACAUCAAAUGGCGGCCCACCGGCGGCCCUGAACACGGGGAAGGAUGGUACUGCGCUGUCUUUUCUGACUGGCCAACGCCUUUCCCGAUGUGUCUGCCCAGGCGAGUCUCAUCCGGGUCCCGUCCAUGAAGAUGGGACGUACGUGGGCAGAUCAGCGCCAGAAAUCGACAUGUUUGAAGCACAAAUUGGCGGCCCCGAUGAUGCUCAUGUUGGGCAAGUUAGCCAAACUGCCCAAUGGGCACCGUUCAACGCAGGAUACAAUUGGGACAACUCUUCCGCAAACCUUGAGAUCCGCGAUUUGACCUUGUCGUCGCAGAACACCUACGCUGGGUCGAUGUACCAGCAGGCGACAUCGGUAGUAACCACCACAAACCAGGAUUGUUACCAACUCAAGAAGCAAUGUUAUGCCGUUCAAGGGUUCGAGUACAUUCCUGGAUAUGAUCAAGCAGUAUGUCUUCCUUCUAUCUUAUCUUACGCUUUUCGUACCAACUCUGCCGCAGUUUCCUGGACCAUGAGAGCGGCAGCAGCUGGUGCGGACGCUGCAACGGAGAUCUCGGCCCGUCCUAUCACACAAGAGCCGCUGUACAUCCUUGUCAAUCUUGGCUUCUCGCAUUCGUUCUCAUGGAUCGACUUCGACAAACUCAUCUUCCCCGCAACGAUGCGUGUUGACUGGAUCCGUGUCUACCAACCCCAAGACAAGAUCAACAUCGGUUGCGAUCCAGCGGAAAGACCCACUGCUGCAUAUAUCAACACGUACCUGGAGGCGUACACAAACCCCAACCUCACCACGUGGCAUGACGACUACAAGCAGCCUGUCCCCAAGAGCAAGCUGAACGGUGGUUGUUGA